AUGAGGCCAAAUAUCCGAACUUGUGAUGUAAUUAAUAACAAAGACGAAUCACUACCUGCACUUUUAUUACCGGCCCUGAGAAGUUAUACAUGUGGCGACUUACUGCAAAAAGAACAGAUUUCGACUAAUGUCAACUAUCAUCUGUUCGAUUCAUCAGACCGUUCGUUACUCCCAAAAUAUUCUAAAUUACAUCAAGAUCAAAGUUCGGUUCCAGUUUCAUCGGUUCAAUACUUCGAUCACAGUUUUAAUAAAUGGCAAAAAGAAUUAGAAAAUACCAAGCUUCCCAAACUUGGUUGCUUAACAGAUUGCAAGGAAUUGUACAAAACUAUUUCUUCCGGUGAAACGACCGAUUCAGCUGCUAUUUCAUCAAUAACGACCAACAGUCUGAAAAGGAAACGCCAAAGAGACGGUCCAAGUUGCGAUUCAUGUAGGACAAAAAAAAUAAAAUGCAAUGCAACGAUUAUUGUCUUUUUACAAGAUAGAGACCUUAUAUCAUCAAUCUCUUCAAGCUUGCAUUACACUCUUUCCCAAGAGGAUAUUGAAAGGUUUCGAGCUAAGUUUUUCAAAAAACUGCCUGAGUUGAUGAAUUCUUACGAGGUCAUCAAACAUCUGGAUAAGAUAGUUCUUUUCAAGCCCUGUACUUCUUGCAGCAGGAAAAGCAAAAAAAAUGGGAAUUGUACAUUUUCAAGAGGAUUUACAAAAUCUGAUAUGAACGUCUUUUCUAAAAUAAAUAGUAAACUUGAGGGAAAAAAUAUCUUUGAGAUGACUGUCGCUGAUUAUAUAGCCGCUGGCUUCCAAACCCUUUAG